GCAGCUUUGUCCUUAAAUAUCAUUAAUUUUUAUAUAUUUUCCAUUGGUAAGACAAUGGAAAAUAUAUUGAAUAAAACUACUUAAAUUGGAAAUUAAUAAUGUUAGCGUUUAGUUAAAUUGGAUGGCACCACUUUACAUUAUCGCACACUAUGCGCGCAAUUUGUGAGUUCAAGCCGGAUCUGCCGAGAGUACGCAGCGGCGAGAAUUUAACGGGACAGAUUAUAUUGAAGACAAGAGCUGCGGAAUCUAUCAAAAGUAUUUACAUCACAUUUAUUGGCCGGGCAGAUGUGCAUUUCGAGGAGACACUCGUUAAUCGAGAAAGUGACGAAAAGACACCCGAAAGACUUGUCUCGACAGCAACCGAGACUUAUUUGACAUAUCGGACAGAAAUUUUCGGCAAGGGAAAAUUGCCAAAAGGCCAACAUACCUUUGCAUUUGCAAUACCACUUCCAUCGCACUGCCCCUCCUCAAUCUCGAGCAAAUUCGGGAGGGUGUGGUAUGAGCUGUCACUCGUAAUAGAACGUAAGUGGAAGGUGAAUAGGAUACACAAAACGCCGAUAGAUGUGGUGCAGCCCUACGAUCUAAGCUCAGAUCCCAAAUCUCUGGUCCCCAUUGAGCAUGAGGCAAUUAGAAAACUUUGGCGCUGGCCCUUUCGGCCGGGCAUAAUCAAUCUGUGCCUCAAAGUACCAUCUGGUGGGUAUUCGCCUGGCCAGAAAAUGAACUAUACCCUGGAUGUCCAUAAUAAGUCGAAACGUAUAGAUGUUAAGAGCUAUACAGUGACUCUAGUCCAGGAGUCCGAAUACUUUGCCAAUGGGUAUCGACGCGUAAGCCCGCGGUCUGUCUACAGCGAAACAAAGAGUGAGGUAGUGAAGCAUCUGACGAAACGAACGAUAAGUGCCAACUACGAAAUACCAUCAGUGGCGCCCUCAUCUCAGAUGAAGAGCAUAAUCAAGGUAUCGUAUAAGCUACGGCUAACUGUAAUAUUCUCCGGUUGGCACCUGAAAUGGUAUAUCGAGGUGCCCAUUACAAUUGGCACAAGCCCAUUGGCUUCCAGCUCAGAUGGUGGCUCCAAGAAGCCGCGUAAAAGAAGUAAGCCUGCUUUACCAAGACCAAUGCCUAAGAAACGCAGCACCCACUCAUGUUCAUCGGGUGCUUCGUAUGUAAGUCUACCAAAGCGGGCUAUCAAGAAGAAAGAUUUAUCGGAUGUAUCGGAUGGUGUAUCGGAUAGUGAAUUGGGAACUGUAACAAACAUCCCCCCAGAAGUCGUGCCGAAAGUGUGUUCAACAUCUCUAUCUCUCCAACUAAUUUCAAUCCUAUACGCUGAAUUCUUUUAAAAACAACAAAUUUCAACACUUUGGACUGGCUGCUGAUCUAAAAAUUUUAAUUUGUAAAUUGCUUUCUAAUUCAACAAUCUUAGACAGCUUUGGAUUUUAUUCACUCUUUUAUAUAAUUGAGACUACAUAUGAAUAUAAGACUAAGAAUUCGAAAUUAA